UUCAAUUGCAUGCUCUAUCAUUAAAAAAAAAAAAAAAUUCUUUGUUCAAAAAAUAAUUGCGGAGAAAGAGAUUUUUUCUAUUUUUAUAUCGGAAAUUAAUUGACGAUCAAAAUCAGAUUCGUUGCCGGAAGCGGAGACGAUCGAUAUAUCGAGUUAUGGCUGAUAUAUGUUACGAGGACGAAACGUCGACUUGUGAAUCUAGGCCGUCUUGGUCUAGCCGGAAGUGGAGGAUUGGUGUCCAACGUUUCAGGAUGUCUCCCUCGGACCUAAAUCCGACGGCGGUGGAAGAGCAACCUGAGGGGAUUUAUAACAAGCGUAACAAACAAGAAGAGUACGAUUUUAUGAACUGUGCAUCAUCAUCACCGGAAGAGAGUGUUUUGCUUGAAGACGACAGUGACGUCUCCAUAAACUCAUCGUCGGUCGAUAAUAGUAGUACGGUUAUUAUUCUUCCUUCUAAGAAGACGGUGAAAGAGUCGGAUCCGAGGCCGAGAUACGGCGUCGCAUCGGUGUGUGGGAGGAGGAGAGAUAUGGAAGAUGCGGUGUCGAUUCAUCCGUCUUUUGUACGGAAACAAACCGAGUUUUCUCGAACGAGAUGGCACUUUUUUGGUGUUUACGACGGCCAUGGCUGCUCUCACGUUGCGGCGCGAUGUAAAGAGAGGCUUCACGAGAUAGUUCAAGAAGAAGCGCUUUCGGAUAAGAAGGAAGAUUGGAAAAAGAUGAUGGAACGUAGCUUCACUCGCAUGGAUAAAGAGGUUGUUCGUUGGGGUGAAACUGUGAUGAGCGCUAACUGUAGAUGUGAGCUACAGACUCCGGACUGUGACGCCGUUGGAUCCACCGCCGUUGUCUCCGUCAUUACGCCAGAGAAGAUUGUUGUCGCGAAUUGCGGCGAUUCCAGAGCAGUUCUUUGUCGGAAUGGCAAAGCAGUGCCUCUUUCUACAGAUCACAAGCCGGAUCGUCCGGAUGAGCUUGAUCGAAUCCAAGAAGCAGGAGGACGAGUGAUAUACUGGGAUGGUGCAAGAGUCCUAGGCGUUUUAGCCAUGUCACGAGCUAUUGGAGACAACUACUUGAAACCGUACGUGACUUCGGAGCCGGAAGUGACGGUAACGGAUCGGACGGAGGAAGAUGAGUUUCUUAUUCUAGCGAGUGACGGGUUAUGGGACGUAGUGACGAACGAGGCGGCGUGUGCGAUGGUGCACAUGUGUUUAAAUAGAAAGGGUGGUCGUGGAGGAUCAGGAAGACGGCGAGGAGAAACUCAAACUCCCGGUGGGAGAAGUGAAGAAGAAGGGAAAGAGGAGGAGAAUGAGAAGGUGGUGGGGUCAAGAAAGAACGGGAAGAGAGGAGAGAUCACGGACAAAGCAUGUACGGAGGCGUCAGUGUUGCUGACGAAGCUGGCGUUGGCAAAACACAGUAGCGACAACGUAAGCGUCGUCGUUGUUGAUCUCAGAAGAAGAAGAAAGAGACACGUAGCUUGACACUAAUCUCCUAAAUCACUCUACUCGCACCGUUUUUUUUUUGUGUUUAAAAUGAUUCUUUUUCCUUGGGACGAAGGUAGCUCAAAUCUUCAUCUCCGAACCCAAAAGAGAGAGAGGAAAAAAAUGCAAGCAUUGGUUGCAAGAAAAAUAUUCCCCGGUUCAUUAAAAACAGCUAAACCGGAGGUAUAUAUGGUUGGGUGGCUUUUUUGUUCUGAAACCAUUUUUUUUUUUACCUUUCUUCGUUGUGUGUAAUGAACAAACAGAAAAGGAAGACGGGAUGUGUCACUGUCUUAGGUGGAAUCAGUUCAAAUUCAAUUAAUAAAAAGUGAUGUACAUAAUU